UGUGCACGGCGCUCCCCAGUCCGUGUGAAACAAUCAGAGAGCGACAGUGAACCCAGAGAGAUGGCGCUGCGAGCCUGUGGCUUCAUAGUGUUCCGCCUGGCCGACUCUCUUCCCCCACCAGACAACAUCGAGUACCUCCUCCUGCAGACGUCCUACGGCAAGCACCACUGGACCCCACCUAAAGGUCAUGUGGACCCAGGGGAGGAUGACCUCACCACAGCCCUGAGAGAGACCAAAGAGGAGGCGGGGCUUGGGGCAGAUCACCUGCGGGUGGUUGACGGCUUUUUGCAGGAGCUGCGCUACGAAGUGCAAGGCAGACCCAAGGAGGUGCUGUACUGGCUGGCCGAGCUGAGAGACCCACGGACAGCAGUGACUUUGUCGGACGAGCACCAGGACUACCGCUGGGCCCGGCUGGAGGAGGCCUGCAUUCUGGCCCAGUACAAAGACCUGCAGGACACACUGAGAGCAGCACAGACACACUUACAAGCUCGGGAAGACAAACAGUGAUGUGACAGGGUUUAGGCUGAACAGAGAGGAUGAUUACAGAGAUGGCAUUCAAGAUGAUGUUUCAACUGGCAUGUUGAAACAUCAUCUCUUUUGGCAUCCAGUCUGAAAGCGCUGCUUUUAAUUCAUGCAACCGAAUAAUGUCUCUUUCUGAACUGUAUUUUGUCUUUGUUAAUCCAUUUAAUACAUUGUCUGUGCUGUGCAGUCUUAAGUGAAAACACAGUUCGAAAUGAAGCAACGAUUGAAAAUCAGAUGACUGAUUUGAUGCAAGUCACUGCACAAAAACAUGAUUAUCUAUGUCGUUGAAUUAAUGUGUAACAGUAUCAAAGCAUACAUGAUGCUGAUCUGAAUGUUAUUAAACUGAAACUGUCAGUUGGACUCUUUAUCCCUCUAAAGGUCAGUAAAAUAGCACAUAAAGAUGAAGAUAUGUGGUAAUUAUUCUUUUAUCUGUCUGUAGUUAAAAUCAACAAGUAAAAAUUUCUAGUCGUUUAUUUAAAAAUUCCAAGAAAAGAGAUGCAAAGGAUCUCACUCACAGAACAGAUGCCAGUAUCCAAUACUCGGGUAGUAGUGUUAUAGCUCAAGUAAUAAAGUAAGUGGAUGAAAUAAAAGUAGAUGCUAUCACA